AUGACGAUGAACAGAUAUGGACGAAAGCAAACCGUUUUGAUGUUCCCAUGGUUAGGCCAUGGUCACAUUUCUCCUUUCCUAGAACUAGCAAAAAAACUAAGCAAAACCAAUCUCUUUGACAUCUACCUUUGUUCGACUCCUGCAAAUCUCAAGUCUAUCAAGAAAUCACCUGCAAUUCAUCAAAUAAAGCUUCACCUUCCGGAGCUACCCGAGCUUCCAUCAGAUCUUCACACCACCAAUGGCCUCCCACCGCAUCUUAUGCCUGUUCUGAAGAAAGCUUUCGACAUGGCAAGUGAUGAGUUUUCAGGUAUCUUGAAAACCCUACAACCCGAUUUGCUCAUUUACGAUCUUAUUCAACAUUGGGCUCCGGUGGCGGCUUCCGCCCUUUCAAUCCCGUCUGUGGUGUUCAUCACCACAAGUGUCACCAUGGCUUCUACCAUGUUUCAUCUUUACUUGAAGAGCUCCAGUGGUAUUCCAUUUCCAUUCUCGGAUAUCUAUUUUCGAAAAAAUGAGUAUUCUCACGUGUCGGAGAUUCUUGAAAGCUCAGCAAAUAAUCGUAAAGAUAAAGAUCGUGUUAUGGAGUGUGUCGGUCUAUCUUCAAGUAUCGUGCUUGUUAAAUCUUUCAGAGAGAUUGAAGGUAAAUACAGUGACUACCUCUCUCUUCUUACUGAUAAAAAGAUUGUCCCUGUAGGUCCACUUGUGGUUGAGCCACCUCCUUCUGUGAACGUGAAGGAAAAUAGUGUGAUGCAGUGGCUUGACACAAAAGCCAUUGGAUCUACUGUUUUUGUUUCUUUUGGGAGUGAAUAUUUUCUUUCUGAAGAUGAUUUGAAAGAAAUUGCAUUCGGUUUAGAAAUGAGCAAUGUGAAUUUCAUUUGGGUUCUAAGGUUCCCGAAAGUGGAAAAAAAGCUUAGCCUUUCAGAAGCUUUGCCAUUAGGGUUUCUUGAAAGGGUAAAGGAUAGGGGUUUAGUGAUUGAAGGGUGGGCACCACAAGCCAAAAUAUUAUGCCACAAAAAUAUUGGUGGAUUUGUGAGUCAUUGUGGAUGGAGUUCGACAAUGGAAGCUAUGAAAUUUGGCGUUCCAAUAAUAGCCAUGCCAAUGCACCUUGACCAGCCGGUCAACGCUCGGUUGGUGGCGGAGGUUGGGGUUGGAGUUGAAGUGGUGAGGGACGGAAACGGGCGACUCGAGCGGGAGAAGAUGGCGGGUGUUGUGCGGCAUGUGGUGGUGAGUAAGUUAGGGAAGGUGGUGAGAGAAAAAUCCAAAAAGAUUAGUGUUGAUUUGAGGCUUAAAGGGGAGGAGGAGAUCGAUGCUGCGGUGGUGGAGCUGUUGCAAUUAUGCCGUCUCGGCCGUCGUCUUCGUGGUAUUGGGAAAAUUGAAAAGACUAAAAGUGAGUCGUUUGCAAUUGGUUCGUAUUGUGUGGUGAAAGGUGAAGUUUGA